ACCUGUGCCGUGCUAACCCCCCUGCUGUGAAUAGCUUCACAAAUCACCCCACAAACCACCCCUCGUUUUUUCGUCUGAUUCCAACGUCACAAUGCCACCAGCAAUGAGCGAUAGCGAGCCCUCGGAUCGAGAGCUCAGCCCCCCGCCAAAGCGCAGCGGCAAGAAAGCACAGCGCUACUCCGAACCCCUCGACGAAGAGGAGCCCAAUAUUGUAAAGGGGGAUGUUGCCGAGGACGAUGAGGAUACUGAAGGAGAGGAUGAAGACGGGGAAGCCGAAGUGUAUUGACCCGCCAGAGACGAUGAUGCGUGGAUUGGACUGUCGCUGACAGGGCGAAUAGUUAUGUUGUUGAGAAGAUUCUCUCGCACAUGAUUGGAAAGGGCGGAGAAUUACUCUAUGAGGUCAAAUGGGAAGGAUACGAAAAGAAGUCGGACCGCACAUGGGAACCGGAGGAAAAUUUGACUGAGAACGCCUCCGAGGCUCUCAAUGAAUACCUGAAGAGCAUUGGUGGCAGAGAAGCGCUCCUUAACGAAACCCACACCGCCGUCCAGGGCAAGAAGCGCGGCCGCAAGGAUUCGUCAACCCCGCAAGCAUCUAGCACCAGCAAACGAUCCAAGAGAAAUGGCAGCCAUCCUGCAGACUCCGAGCCCCCAGCCAGCGCUAAGCAAGCGGUCUGGAAGCCACCAGCAGGAAGCUGGGAAGAUCAUAUUGCGCACCUUGACGCAUGCGAGGACGAGGAGACCCACAAGCUCAUGGUGUACCUAACAUGGAAGAACGGGCACAAGACUCAACACGAGACUAGCGUCAUCUACUCGAGAUGCCCUCAAAAAAUGCUGCAGUUUUACGAGCGUCAUGUACGCAUCGUCAAGAGGGAAGAGACACCGGUCGACUCACCCCCUGCCAACUCCUGA